AUGAAGUUCGACUCCUCCAUCCUUAUCGCCUCCUUGGCGGCGACCGCUGUUGCGGCUCCGGCUCAGGAACCUUGCGACCACACUGCUAUGGCUAAGCGAUGGGUUGACACUACUGGUGGCCAGAGGAUGCCUGCACACUACGUCGCUACUGUCCGCAAGCUCUCUUCCGAGAAGGUUAAGAACAAGCGUACACUUGACGCACUCCUCGGCGGCCUUGGCGGCGGAGCGGCAGGUGCUGGAGCUGGAGCUGGAGGCCUUGGUGCCCUCGGUGGACUCGGUGCUCUAGGAGGUGGUGCCGGUGGUGCUGGUGGCCUGAGUGCUCUGGCUGGUGGUGCUGGAGGUCUCGGCGCUCUCACCGGUGCUGGAGCUGGUGGAGCUGGAGCUGGAGCUGGAGCUGGAGCCGGGGGUCUCGGUGCCCUUGGUGGACUCGGUGCUCUAGGAGGUGGUGCCGGUGGCGCAGGAGGUGCAGGAGGUCUCGCUGCCCUUUUCCCUGGUCUCGCCAAGCGUCAACUUGAUCAGCUCCUCGCUGGUUUGACCGGCGGCGCAGGCGGUGCAGGUGGCGCAAAGGGUGCGGCGGGUGCUGCUGGCGGUGCUGGUGGAAUCGGCGACCUUCUCAGCGGUCUCGGUAUUGGUGGUGGAGCGGCUGGCGGCAAAGCGGGCGGAGCUGCUGCUACUACUCCCAAGGCGCCUGCGACCAGUGCUGCAGCCGGCGCUGCGAAGGGCCAGAAGGGUGCCGGAGCAGCGGGUGCUGGUACUCUUACCGGCGCUGCAAACAACGGUACUGCUGCGGCAGGAGGCGCUACCGCCGCUGGUACUGGCAAGGCUGGCAAGGGAGCUGGCAACUUGAACGGAGCUGCUGGUGCCGGAGCAAAUGCUAACGGAGCUGCUGGCACUGGAGCCACUGCCAACGGAGCCACUGGAACUGGAGCUACCGGUACCGGAGCGACCGGUGCUGGCGCUGGCAAAGGAGCUGGUAACGGAGCAGCUGGUGCUGGAGCCACUGCUAACGGUGCUACCGGUACUGGAGCAACUGGUACCGGGGCUGGCAGGGGACAAGGCAACGGAGCUGCCAACGGUCAACAGGGAGCCGGCGCAGGCCGUGGUCAACAAGGUGCAAACAGCGCUUCCAACGGCGCCUCCGCCGCAUCUGCAUCUGGGAACGGAAAGGCCUCAGGUGGCAAGGGCGCUUCGUCUGGUAACGCCGACUCUGCUCUCGCUGACUCUCAGGAGGAGGACUAG